AUGUUAAAGACAUUGCAACUAGCUCUGUCUCUGUCCCAGCUACUGCUAAAUGUGCUGCAACAAGCUCCUUCUCUACCCCCAACAACUGUUACGUCUGAUGUAACAAACUCCUUUUCUGCCCCAGCAACCGCUGUCCAGAAAUCAAAACCGAUUAAUCUACCCUCUGGCCUUGAGAUGGCUCCUAUUAUUGCAAAGGUUGCAGCCACAGAAGCUCCUAAUAUUACUACACUUGAACAACCCACUUCAAUGGUUGUCCCGAUCACAAUAGAUACUACCAAUUCUGAGGCUAUUCCAGUUGCAAUGGCUUCCCCAACCAAGAUCACUACGAUCAACUAUGAGGUUGUCCCAGUCCUCGCAGAAUCUUCAGUUACAAAUGCUACACCAUAUGGUCUUGUUGUCCGGAGAUUGCAGUUUAAGUCUCAAUAUCAUAUGACAUAG